CGGCGUAAAGGAGAGUCUGUGGAAGGGACAUAACGGUUUUCUUUUCGGCCCCCCUCUCCACUCAGACAACAAGAACCAACAAGAACCUGAAUUUUAGAGGGGCUUACACAACCUUCUUCUGCUCUAAAGGAGGAGGGAAGCGAGGGAUUGAAGCAGCAAGUUCUUUUUUUAUUCUUUUUCUUUUUUUUUUCUCUUUUUCUUAAAAGAGGAUUUUCUGUUUUCACGGUGGUUCGCUCUUCGCUCUCGCCGCAAAGAUGAUGGUCGGAGAGGUCGAAGUGAAGGAGCGACCGAGGCCGAGUCCGGACUAUUUGAUGCAAUUAUUAAACGAAAAGAAGCUCAUGACCAGUUUGCCAAAUCUCUGCGGGAUCUUCACGCACCUGGAGCGGCUCCUGGAUGAAGAGAUCAACAGAGUGCGUAAAGAUAUGUACAGCGACACAGUGAACGGCCUUGUGGACAGACACCCGCUGGAGCUGCCCGAACCCAUCGGACCCAUCGUUCACCUGCAGGAGAAACUGUUUGUGCCUGUCAAAGAGUACCCAGACUAUAACUUUGUGGGAAGAAUCCUCGGUCCCCGGGGACUCACUGCCAAACAGUUGGAAGCAGAGACGGGAUGCAAAAUUAUGGUGCGAGGAAAGAGCUCCAUGAGAGACAAGAAGAAGGAGGAGCAGAACAGAGGGAAGCCAAACUGGGAACACCUAAAUGAAGACCUUCACGUCCUAAUCACCGUUGAAGACACACAAAACAGAGCAGAGAUCAAGAUGAGGAGAGCAGUAGAGGAAGUCAAGAAGCUCCUCGUGCCUGCUGCUGAGGGUGAAGACAAUUUGAAGAAGAUGCAGCUGAUGGAGCUGGCUAUUCUCAACGGGACAUACAGAGACAACAAUGUCAAAACACCCCCCCUUGCGUUCUCUCUUGCAGCAGCGGCAGCGGCCGCUCAGGGCCCCCGCCUCAUAGCGGCCCCCGCGGGUCAGGUGUUGCCUCCCCAGGCACUCCGGCCCCCGACGCCGGCCGGGACCCCCAUCAUGAACCUCAUCCGGCCCACUCAGAUGGCCGCUAUGCUGCCCAACGGCACCCCCACCUUGGUGCCUCCCACACCAGACGGCGGACUAAUCUACACCACCCCUUACGAGUACCCCUACGCCUUGGCACCCACCUCGCUGCUGGAGUACCCCAUCGAGCACAGUGGGGUUCUAGGUGCAAUGGCUACUAAAGUGAGACGGCAUGACACGCGGGUCCAUCCUUACCAAAGGAUUGUGACCGCUGACAGAGCCGCCACCGGCAACUAACACAUGACCUUCUGACCUCUGAACUCUUCACCCAAUGACGAGCCGCCCCAAGCCUGCCUGCUGAUCAGUUAACUGGUAAUUGCCUUUUGCUAGCCUCUCGGACGCAAGUGGCAGAGAGAGAGGCGCCUGCCCAUACAGUUACCCUAACACGUUCUGACAAAAAGAUAGAAACCAACGCAGACUCUUCACUGAAACACAACAAAAAAAACCCAACACAGCUGUGGAUUAUUCAUUUUAUUUUUUUUUCCUCUGUUCAUUAGUUCAGUUCCCAUUCUUUCUCUUUCUUUUUCCUCAUGAAUCACGCACCGGGCGGAUCUGCUUGUGGUAUUACUCAUGAAUCUGCACUGAAUUAUAAAGCAAUAAAGAACCCCUGAACCUAUCCACCUUUAAUUACUCUGAUUAGGUGACCUCACUCGCUCUCCAUCUCCAGUCUGAGACGCAGACCGUUUUGGUUUCGAAGGGAUCACCCACAAAUUGCCCCAGAACCUUCCUUUAGCAACACCCUACCUGCCCCGCCCGCCCCUCAGACCCGUCUGCCGCAACGGAGAAAGAAACAGAAGGAACGGGAACGUUCACUUGCAUUAACAUGUUUAAUUUCUGUCAUUUUUUUUACCAACCCCCUCCCCCCCCCAAACAUGUAUUUCAGUUGUUGAGCUUGUAAUUAUGAGCUGACACAUUCUGGGUGUGCCCCUCUAAAUGGCUUCCUGUCCGUUUAUUUUUUUUAAAGCAUGGCUAAAAUGAUUGCAAAAAGAGCUUUUUUUAUGAUUUAUGUUUUUUCCCUGUCUUGAUUUAAUGCUUUUCUUUUUUUUUUUUCACUUUUAUUGUUUUUAAUUUUUCAGUUCAGAUUGAACUAAUUAGCUUCAGUCACUGAAACAAAGCAGGUGGUUAUCUCUGGAAGUCAGAACAGAGUUUUAGUGUUUGAGGCUGAAAACGAAAGGCGUGAUGGGAGGGGUUAGUUUGGGUUGAUGGGUUUGUGUGCGUGUGUGUGUGUGUUUUUGAUUAAUACUACAGCGAACGUGGGGUGAGGCUUCGGGGACGUGGGCCCCAUCCACACUACAUCCACUAUCCAGUGCCUGAUGCAUUUAGAAGAAUAUCUCCAUGAGUUAGCUGAGCUGUGAUCACAAAGAUUAAAACAAAAAAAAGUAUUGUGUGCAUAUUUAGCCAAAGGGUUUUCAGUGACUAAUAUAUCUGCAGUUAUGCAUCUGUUUGGCAGAGGGCUCUCUUUGUGAUUUUUAGUUUGGGUGCCUGCCUUCAGCUGAAACAGGAGUUUUACCCUUUCCCGCUCAGUUUUAUUUGUUCUUAUUUUCCUGAGGUCAAAACAGGCAAUUAACACUAAAAUUACAUGCUUCUCGAUUAUAGUGAAGUGCCAGGGGAAAAGACACUCAUGACAAGCAAGAGGUUUAUUGUUUUUGUUUGUUGUUUUUUUGGCCAAUUUCUGCAGAUUUAUUCCUACUACAGUGGAUUUGUUUUCUCCUUUUUUUCCGUUUAGUUUUAAUUUUUGUCCUCUGUGUUAUGUGUGUGUAAGUUGGGACAUGAGGUCGACAUAAUCCUGACCUUUCUGCAUAUUAUUCUUUUAAUUAUUUUACUAAUGAAACCUAACAUAUGCCAAACCAUCCAUAAGUGCAUCCACAAUGUGUCACACCUCCCUCUGAUGGUAGUCCAGCUUCUGAGCCCACGAUCCUUUGUUUAAAUCUCAAGAAAAAAUAGGAUGUGAAAGCCAUGCCUGCCUGUUCAAAUUGCUUUAUACAUACGUCUUAUAUAUAUAUCUAUAAAUAUAAACAAAUAUAUAAAAAUGUAGAUAUCUGUCAAUGCAUAUAAAAAUACAGAUGAGAACAAAAAAUAGAUAAUUUUACAGGGUGCUGGAGAUGAUAAAAAAUCAAUCUAUUUUUGGCAAUUUUAGCUUUUGAUACUUUACUUGUAGUUAUAAAAUAAUAAUAAUAAAAAAAAUUAACAAAAAAUUUUUCCGACGGAGGAAAACUGAACGCGAGUGGGUGAGGAAAAGUUGCCUGGAAUCUAAUUGGAAAAAGGAAAGACUAAAGCAGUCAGAACCAUGGGAGAUCAGAGCGAGACAUGAUCAAAUCAAAGUGCCUUAUCAACAGUGGUUUCUGUUUUUUAGUACUCCAGUUGUGUUUUAAAAUAAAACAAAUAGAAAAAAAAACAAAAGAGGAUAUCCAGCACCCACCAAGAUGGCGCAGAGAGGAACGGCAAGUGUUACACACUCGGAAAAAGUCGAGCUGGGCCUCCGCCGCCGUACCGUGGCGCCGCCCAAGUUACUCUAUGCAAAAAGAAUAGCAGUCGUUUUGACCAGCUAAAAUAUGUGCCAUGGUUUUUGUCUUCCUGAAAAUGAUUUUAAGUAUUUCUUUUCCUUCACUUGAUGGCCCUUUACUCUGCUGUACGAGCAGAUCUUGUCUUUUAAUUUAGAUUUUAUUGAUGAUAUGAAUUAUUGUCUUUUUUUAACAAUUUUUUUACUUUGUAUCUUGAACAAAUUGAACUGCCAUUAGCAACCAAGUAGUCUGCCAUGAGAUGCUCUGAUGAUGAGCUGAGAAAAAUACGCAGCGUUCAGGGAAACGAACGGGAAAGUGUUUGUUUUAACAGCGUCAUCCGGUCCACAUAUCUCUGUGUCAAUUUGACAACAAACUAUCAGUACAGUAAUGAGAUUUCUAAUGGACAAAGGAAGCGCUGGGUAAUGAAACAAGCACCUGCUUCACAGUCAGAUAGUUUCCAGUUAUUGAAACGACUGACAGCUUAUUGCUGAAAGGUGAAAAGAAAAAUUAAAUUGAGAAAUUCUUGGAUCCAACAGAGCCGUCGGCAGUCUGUUUUCACUUUCUCGCUGUUACACCAAAAGGUCAAUGAAUUAUUAUUAUUCUCUUUUUUGUUUUCUACUUCAGUGUUAUUAUUUUAAAUUGAAAUGCAAUAUUAAAGUGGAGAAAGAGAUGGCAAAUCAGCAUCUGACAGUAUUAAGAAAAUCCCCUCUGCAAUGUUCCACCAUGCUGUGUCAUUGUGAAAGGCUGGAUAAGUCCAUCAGGUGAAAGGUUGACUCUAUACCUACCGUAUUCUCUCUGGCCUGCCUACUACAUGUAUGAUAAUGUAAUUAACAGCCAUUGUUACAGGUUUAUAAUGUAUUUUUCUAAUCUCAUUUUAUAUGUAUAUUAAUCAUGUUUCUGAGUGUUUUUUUUUCUUAAUUUUUAUGAAACCCACAGCUCCCCCUGCCCUCCCACCACCUCUUCUCCAUCUCAACCUGUCUCCUGUGGGGAGUUUUGCCUUCUUCUGUUAGAUUUUUGUUUUUCUUGCCAACUCCCAGCUUGUUUAACUCAUUAGCGACUUUAUUAGUUUCCUUGUCAUAAGUAUUUUUACAUGCUUGCAUUUAGUUUUCAUGGUGUAUGCUGUUAUUUUUCUUAUUAACCUCUUGGCAUUUAUUUUAAUAAAACAUUCUUAGUAAGAAUUUUA